UUUAGCGUGUCAAGUUGCCGGGAAAAAACGGGAAAAAAUACUUUCGUGCGGUGUCAGAAAUUUUCAGACAUUCUUGUUUCAUUUAUAAUUUGCGUUUCGGUUGUUGAUAAUAGUUCUUAUUUCAACCAGUGAUAAUCUUAAUACUUCAGUGAUAAUCAUGUCAACUAUUUCUAAGCUGGAAAUCCGAGGGAUCCGAAGUUUCGGUGUCGAAAGUGGGGACGCUCAGAAAAUCAAAUUCCAAUCUCCGCUAACGUUGAUUGUCGGGCAGAAUGGCUGUGGUAAAACUACCAUCAUCGAGUGUUUGAAAUAUGGCCUCACCGGUGAAGUACCGCCCGGUACCGACCGUGGCAAGGCGUUCGUUCACGAUCCGAAAAUUUUCAGUACCGUUGAAAGCAUGGGUCAGGUCAAGCUGAUGGUGACGGAUUUUACCGGCAACCGUGUAACGGCCACACGUUCGAUGAAGGUUUCGCAGAAGGGUAGAGGUCAGCAGCCGAAGUUUGAAACGCUCGACUCGGUCGUUACGAUGGAGAAUGUAACAACCGGCGAAAAAACGACUCUCACGCGACCUCGUGCAGCAGACAUUAACAACGAAAUGUGCGACGCGAUGGGAGUUUCGAAAGCCAUAAUCAAUAACGUGAUCUUCUGCCAUCAGGAAGAUUCCAAUUGGCCCCUGGAGGAACCGAAAGAAUUGAAGAAAAAGUUCGAUGCCAUCUUCGGGACGACCGAGUACAACCGAGUGAUCGAAAAACUGAUCAAAAUAUCCAAGGAAUACAAUGACCGACAGAAGGAGAAAGCAGGAGAUUUGAAGUUGCUGGAAAACAUAAAAAGUCAAGCCGAACUGAAGCACCUGCAACAUCAGAAGGUUGAUAAGAGCAGACAAGAUAAACUGGAUGUGGUGGAGAGCCUGGAGAAUUCGUUGAAGCCUAUUCACAAUCGGCUGGAGCAGAUUGCUAAAAUUGAGAGGGACUUCUCAAAGUUGAAGCAACAAGAAAUCGAAUUCAAAUCAAAAAUCAGCACCAAGGAAGAUCAGCAAAAUCAAAUAAGAUCGAAAAUUCAAAACCUCUUCAAAGGUUCACUCAACGAAUUGGAUAUUGAAAUCCGCAACUUCAAGCAAUCCAAAAGUUCCAAACUUUCGGAGCUUCGGGACGCAGAGUCAGAUCUAAGCUCCCGCAAAGCACAACAAAAAGUGCUGCAAUCGAAAGUUCAAGACUUGGAAUCACGCAGAAUUCAUCUCAACACGAAGCGAGGACAGGAGCAGGAUUUAUGCGGAGAUCGAGCCAUGAAGAUGGUAGCUCUUUGCGAACGUUUGAAGCUGCCAACCAAUGGAGAUUUCGAAACGGCAGGACCCGAUGUAGAACGUGCCCUGAAAGCAAUUAAACACGGUAUUCGAUCUGAAGAAACUACAGUUCAAGCGAUGUCAAAAAGUCACGACGAGGAAGACCAAAAAGCCCAGAAGGCAAUCGACAUACUGCGAGAAGAGAAAACCAAACUAGAGGCUGAUUUCCGAAUGAAGGGUCAAAUGGUGGCGGAUUUCGUUCGGGAAAAGGCCAAAACCCAGUCGGAAAUUGCCGCUAUUCAGCGUUCGGCCGAAACUUUGAAGAAAAUUGUCAGCGAAAUCGAAAAACUCGAAAAGGACUAUGAGAGUCAGAAGGCAAAUUCCAAUGUCGACGGAAUGAGGCGCCAGCUGGCAGAGAAGAAAGUGAAACGCGAAGAACUCCAAGCCAAGCUGGACAAGGUGGAAGAACAAAUUUCGGCACUGGAUGCCGUUGCAGCCAAAGCAACUGAAUUGAGCCUCAAAGAGCAGCAGUUCAACACGAAGGAAGCGGAAUUCAAACGGCUGCGGAACAAACAUUCGGAGAACCUGAAGCGACUUUUUCCCAGCAGAACUAUUGAUGCUAACUACAAACGCAACGUGCAAAAUCUGUACGAUGAUCUCCAACGGCAAAUCAAACAGCUGAACGAAUCGAUUCGUAAAUCGCAAGCAACGGUUACGGAAAUGGAAACAACACGUCGUUCCCAGAAACGAGAACUGGACCGCGCUGAGCGUGAGCUUACUGAAAAUAAAGAAAAAAUCUACACCGUUUGCCAGGGUAAUCCGUUUGAGGAGGUCCUCGCCAAGCUGAAGGAAAAAAUAAGCAAAAACAACCUUGAGCACGGGGAGCUCCGAUCAGCAGAGGUUCUCUAUAAAAAGUACAUCUCUCGCAUCGAGGACGACAAAUGUUGCCCAGUAUGUCACAAGGAAAUGGGAGGCGCAGAUGUGCAGGACAUCAGUUCGGAAUUGUCGGAUGAAAUCCGUCGACUGCCGGAAAAGAUUGAGCUCCUUGAGCGAAUGCUGAAAGCGGAUCAGAAAAAAUACGAUCAGUUGCUGGCCCUGCAACCGUAUUCAGAGCGUAUCGAGAAACAAACGGAAGAAAUACCAAAGCUGAAAGAACAUCUGGAAGGAACUGAACGGAAACUUACGCAGGCAUCCUCAGACCUUGAGGAGUGUCAAAUGUCUAUUCUCGAACCUAACUCAAGUGUUCAGUUGAUCAACUCCAUUCUCGGGGACAUGAGCAUCCUGGAUGAAUCCGUAAGAGACCUUGAACGAAUGAAGAAGGGCAUUGAAAGCUUGAAAGUCGAAGUGGCUGAGAAAACUCCUGAAGGAACAACUGCUUCCCUUGAAGAUAUCAAGCUUGAACGGGAAGCACUUCGUGGUGAACUCCGCAGCGAGCGUGUUUCCAUUGAAACCAUGCAAAACAAGAUUGAUGAAGAAACUGAACGUUUGAACAAUCUUCAUCAGAGGUAUAAUCAAAUGAAGGAGAAGAAAAUUCAGCUGCAGGAAUCUGUUCAGUCGUUGGACCAGAAAAAGGCCAAAGAAAUCGAGCUAGGCGAAAAGAUCACCACCUGCCAGCGUGAAAUGGACGAAACGGAACAAAAACUCGGACCAGUGAAGCAAAACCUAUCGACGGAGGAAAAGGCUAAAGCCAAAGCAAAAGACGAGAACCGCGUGAAACUGAACAAAGCCCAAGCCGUACUAGAGGAGCUCAAACGAAUGGAUGCAGAACUUGGUCGUCUGGGUCGAGAAUUGGAUGCAUUGGCUCGGCUUAAUUUGGCAGAGGAGAUCCAGAAAAUGAAACACAAACUACAGGAAACAAAUGAGGAAAUGAAGAAGUUGAUCGCUGGUAUCGAUGAGAAAGCUUCGCAAAUUGAUUCGCUCAAGAAAGAGGUCAUGAAUCAAGACAUGAUCGAGCGAGACUAUCUGGACAAUCGUGAUUUGAUGAAGUUGAAAGAUGAAACAGACACGCUGAAGCAAAAUUUAGACGCGUUAAUGCAGAGCAUCGGCGACAUGGAUGCACCGAACGUUGCCCAGGAGCGGAACAAGCUACUUGAACAACGAGAUACCAUCCAAGCUAAAAAAAGCCAAACGACCGGACAGAUUGCCGAAUUGGAGAACCAAAGCAAGGCGCUGAAGAAGGAGCUGGAUCGACCGGAAUUCAAAAAUGCCGUGAAAAAUUACCUCAAAACCUAUAGCGAAUCAGUGGUACUAAAGAAGAUAAUAAGCGACAUUCUCAAGUACCGGAAUGCGCUCGAGUGGGCACUCAUGAAAUAUCACGCGGAAAAGAUGGAGCAAAUCAACCGUUCCAUCUAUUCUUUGUGGAGAGAUAUCUAUCGAGGCAAUGAUAUCGACUACAUUCGCAUCAAGACUGAGGAUGAAUCGAAGCCCGAUAGAGUUACCGAUAAACGCCGACAGUACCAUUACAGGGUAGUCCAAGCCAAAAACGACGUGGAGAUCGACAUGCGUGGGCGUUGCAGUGCCGGCCAAAAAGUGUUGGCAUCUUUGAUAAUCCGCAUGGCACUGGCCGAGACGUUCAGCAAUAACUGCGGAGUAAUGGCUUUGGACGAACCAACCACCAAUUUGGACCGGGAGAACAUUGCUUCGCUGUGCGAAAGUUUGCGCAGAAUUGUCACGGAGAGGGAGAAUGGAAACUUUCUACUGGUCAUCAUUACUCACGAUGAGGAUUUUGUAACUAAGCUUGAGAAGUUCGAUACGUAUUACCGGGUUUCUCGCGACCACGAUGGUAAGUCUAUCAUUAAAGAAGAACAGCUUUGAAACGUUCACUCAUAAAUCUGUUUCGCAAAUUGUUUUCGUUACCCAGUGAAUUCAUUCCAAUAAAACAUAAGCUUUUAUAAAUGCCAUUUUA